AUGGAAUCAAAAAUAGUCGUAUACGAUCUAACAGUGUCAAAGAUAUGGUGUACAAUGUGUGCUAACAAAAUCAAAUCAAGUUUUGAAGGCCAACCAGGUAUGGAGUAAUAAUACUGAAUAUUAGGGAUCCAAUAUGUGUAAGUAAAUGUUAUGGCUGAAAGAGUCAUAAUUUCAUUUGAUUAAAAUAUUAUGUAAAGAUAUCAAUCUAUGCUGAAGCACUAUGAAUUAAAUCAAAGAAAUAUUUGAGAAAAACAACUUCUUCAUAGUUGGAUAACCAAGAUUAAUUAAUAAUGAUUCUAAUUAACAAAGAACAUGCCAACUCUUCUUCCCAAAUGCUGAGUACGACCCUGAAGAGCUUGUUGAUAUAAAGAACAAUCUUAAUAAAGAAUAUUAAGGGGGAUUGAGCGGGAUACAAGAAUAACCUUUUAAAUACAAUAAAUAGGUAUAUUUUAGAUUACAUUUUUAUAGUCUGGAUAACUAAUGUCAAUUAAUUAUUAACCACUUUCCAUAUCUGGACAUUAAUUGAAGCAAUUCAUUGAAACAUUUGUGAAAGAUAAGAUAAUAAAAAAUGACGAGAAAGAAAACUUGGACGCUGAUUUGAGUCUAAUUAUUCAUAAUUAAUUAUUGGAAAAAUUUAGGAAAAAAGAACGACUUGUGGAAAGUGUCACUUAAAAAAAAUUAAUUUUGGCAAUAACUUUAAGUGCAUUGUUUUUGUUAUUAUGUUCAAUUAUGCCUCAUUUUGAAUUCUAUUCACCUGUUUUGACCUACCCUAAUGAGAAGUCUAUCUUUAGUGUAUAUUUGGUUUUCAUUUUUAUUAUGACAACUUUGACUCUAAUGAAAUUUGGUACAUAAACAUAUAAAAAUGCCUAUUAAUUGUUUGUAAAAUACAAGUAUACAUUUUCAUAGAUAUUAGAAUGUUUAAUAUGGAUACAUUGUUGACUUUAGGCUCAUUAGCUGCUUAUAUAAUGAGUAUUUUUAUGCUAAUUGUGUAUACAAUCGAGAGUGAAAACUAAUCGACAGAUAAAUAUGAUUAAUUAGAAAGAAUCAUGAAUGUUAUUCAUGACUUAGAGUCAGCUGGCUUAAUAUUGACAGUGAUAACUAUAGGAAAGUAUUUUGAAGGUAAAGCUAAAUAAAAAAUUAUGGAUAUGCAGAAUUAGAUAUUCCCAUAAGAAUAAUUACUCAAAACUCCAAUUGUAACAAGGGUGUAAGUGAAAAACUAGGAUUAUGACAUAGAUACAUAGCACCCAUGUGAAGUAUCUUUAUUAGAGAAAGGAGACUUGAUCAUUCUUUAGAAGAAUAUGAAAUUAUUAGUUGAUGGCGUCAUAGUAAAAGGUUCAGUAACAGUCGUAGAUUCAAUAUGUUAUGGUUGGGAUGAUAAAUUCGAAGCCUCUAUAGGGAUGCGACUUAAAUCAGGUGCUGAUAUUUUGGAUGGUUCAUGCAUAUUCUAAGUAGAGUAGGUGAUAGAGGGUUCAAUGUUAUUUUAAAUAGCCGAAUAAUUAAAUUUAGCAUAAUCAGAAAGAGAAGACAAGACCUUUGGAAUUUCAGCAAUGUUGCAAUCUUUAUCUUAAAAGUUUGUACUCGGUGUUAUUUGUGCAGCUCUAUUGGUGUUAUUUGUUUGGGUGUUUUUGAUCGGUUUAGACAUAGUAGAGAUUGAUGAAUAUUGUGUGUGGUGUUUCCCAUUCGAAAGAGCCAUAUCAAUAUUGGUUGCUUCAUGUCCUUGUGCCUUAGGUCUAGCAGUACCAUCAGUUGUCAUAAUUACUCUUAAUUUAGCCUUGAAGUGUGGAAUAUUAGUAAAAAAGGUAUGAAUUAUUGAAUAUUGAUUAGAAUACUAUUUUUGAAUAAAUCAGCAAAGUCAAAUGUGUAAUAUUUGAUAAGACUGGAACUUUGUUUACCAAGGUAGAUCAUAUAGAUUCAUUUACUUUGUUAUCAAAGAAUUAGACAGAGAUUUGUUCAAAGAAUUAAGAUAAAACAAUCAUGAAGGUUAAACAAUUCUAGAGAUCCUUAGUGAUGUCUGAUCCAAUUGAGACCAAGAGAGAACAAUAAUGUUGUGAAGGUACUCUUUAAUCAAAACUAAAAUACAAUCAGACUUUGUCUGUUCAAGAUUUAUGGGCUAUUAUAAGUAUAUUAGAGAAGGAGUUCACUCAUCCAAUUGCAACAUUGUUAUUUAAAGAGUCUAUAUCUAGAUAGAUCGGUAAAUAGAGUACUUUUGUAUUGACAGAUCAGCCAAAAUUAGAGAAGAAUGGAAUUAUAGGAAAUGUAACAAGAACUACUGAUAAAACUUAAUUUAAAUGCUUGAUAGGAAAUUUAAAACAUUUAGAAAAUAAUAAUGCAAUUUUAGAAGAUUAUUUAUUAAAUAAAUGUAGAUUUUUGGAAGGCAGAGGAAAAACAGUGAUAAUAAUGGCUAUUGAUAAUAUUCCAGAAGUGGUUGUUUGUUUAGAUAAUAAAACUAAUCUAAGACCUGAAGCCAAAGCAGUCAUUCAAUAUUUGAGAGAAAAAUUAAAGAAACAAGUGUAUAUUUUAUCUGGCGAUUCUUAGAAAACAGUCACUUCAGUUGGUAAGUAUUUAGGCAUACCAUCAAUAAAUUAAUUUUCUGAAAUAGAUGCAGAAGGAAAGCAGAGGAUUUUGAAAGAACUUAGAGAGAACAAUCAAGAAGUGAUGAUGAUAGGAGAUGGGCUGAAUGAUAUCUUAUCAUUAUAGUAAGCCUGUGUGGGAGUAGCAAUUAAUGCCAAAUCUGAAUUGAAUUUGAUGGCAUCUGAUGUAAUUAUGUUGAAUGAGAAUCUAUGGAAAGUAGCCUCAUUAUUCAAUCUAAUGAAUAUUGCUCUCAAAGUUGUCUACAUCAAUUUAUUAUGGGCAUUUGCUUAUAAUAUUUUCAUGGCUCGUAUGAUAUGAUAUGUAAUUAAUAGCUAUUGCUGCAGGAGUGUUUUAUGGACAAGGAUUCACAAUAUCUCCAAUGAUCUCUUCUACUGCUAUGUCCCUGUCAUCUAUUAUUGUCGUCCUUAUUAGUAAUUGUAUGCGAUUCAUCAAAUUUGAUCCAUCUCAAUAGUUGAGUCUAAGAAAGGUUUAGGAUGAAAAGAUUAGUGAGGUGUCUCAAUGCUCUUAUGAUUCCUAUAUAGAAGUGAAUAGUUCUAACUAAUCAAACAGAAAAUCAAAUGCAGAGAAAAUUAUAACAAAUUGA